AUGUUGCCGGAAGCACUGGAAAGUCUCCUACACCCAAUGGAGGCAAAAGCGGCCAUUUUCCACCUUGAGGGAAAAACAGGAGAAUUUCCGGGUUUCCGCUGGACCUGCCAGUUUUUGCCAGUGGAGCCCAAGCGGCCGACUCGAGCUGGCCGCCAGGCCUCCAGCCUCAGUGGAGAGAAGGAUGGCAACGUGAUCAGAGCAGCCAAGGGCAGCAGGCAGCGGGCAAACAGCCACGCUUCACUAGCGAGAAGAGAAUCAGAACAACCUUUCAGGAGAGCUGUUUGCCUUCACGGACCACAAGCCUGCAAAUUUGACAUUUGCCCAUACCCAAACACUUUCGCUUCCAGGAGUGUAUCAGACCUGUUAGACUAUGUGAUGCACAGGACCUCGAAUGCUCUGUCUCCCCCACUUCUCUUUCUGUUGCACAUCCUGCCUUUGCUGCUCCUCCUGUCUUCGGCCUCGGUUCCACCUGCCUCUGUAUCCUGUGGCUUCCGGGAAGCUGCACUGAAAAGCCCAACUGAAUUCCAUGAGCAAAGAAAACAUUUGGAUAGUGACAAGACUGAAGACGCACUGAAGCACAAGGUCAGAAACAGGCCUGACUGCGCGGACGUGGUUAAUAUGCACGUACUUCAAGCCUCCACUACAGAGAGGUCCAUCCCAACUGCUCAGAUGAAGCUGAAGAGAGCCCGACUUGCGGAUGAUCUCAACGAAAAGAUUGCUCUCCGGCCAGGGCCACUGGAGUUGGUGGAGAAGAACAUACUUCCCGUGGACUCUGCUGUGAAAGAGGCCAUAAAAGGUAACCAGGUGAGUCUCUCCAAAUCUGCAGAUGCCUUUGCCUUCGAGGAGGACAGCAGCAGUGAUGGGCUUUCUCCAGACCAGACUCGAAGCGAAGACCCCCAGGGCUCAGCAGGAUCCCCAGCGGACACCAAAGCUUCGGAGACCCCGUUAGCAGGUCCUGCUCUGGGGGCAGUCCAGGAUCAUUCUUCUGGCUCGGAAAAUGACAAGAAUGACUCAGCCUCACAGCUCAGCAACCAGUCAGACGCGGGCAAGCAAGGGCUUGGGACCCUGGGCCCCUCCACUGCUGGGCACACUGCUGUGAAGUCCAAGUCCUUGAGCGACAGUAAGAACCGCCACAAAAAGCCCAAGGACCCCAAGCCCAAGGUGAAGAAGCUCAAAUAUCACCAGUACAUCCCCCCAGACCAGAAGGCCGAGAAGUCGCCUCCGCCCAUGGACUCGGCCUACGCCCGGCUGCUCCAGCAGCAACAGCUGUUUCUACAGCUCCAAAUCCUCAGCCAGCAGGAACAGCACCGGCUCAGCUACCCUGGGAUUCACCAAGCUCAGCUCAAGGAACCAAACGAACAGAUGGUCAGAAAUCCAAACUCCACUUCAGCACCACUGAGCAAUACCCCUUUGUCUCCUGUCAAAAACAGCUUUUCUGGACAAACUGGUGUCUCUUCUCUCAAACCAGGCCCCCUCCCAUCAAACCUAGAUGAUCUGAAGGUAGAGGAUUUGCGACAGAAAGUCCAAUGGCGACUACCAGGGGCUGGGGAGAGGAGUAUGCGGAAUUUGCUGGAGGACGCCGUCCCCAGCUGUCCAUUUGCGCCCCAGCCGAGACCUGGGAAGAGACCGGGCCCUGCUCCCUGCGCCUCCGAGGCCCCGGGCCGCCCCGACGCCCUCCCCUCCACGUUUCUCAGCCCCCAGUGCUCCCCUCAGCACUCCCCGCUGGGGGCCGUCCAAAGCCCCCAGCACAUCAGCUUGCCCCCGUCCCCCAACAGCCAUUACUUCCUUCCCUCUUCGUCGGGGGGCACGCAAGGAGAGGGUCACAGGGUCUCCUCACCUGUGGGCAGCCAGGCAUGCGCGGCACAGAUGGCUGGUCUGCACUCUUCUGACAAGACAGGGCCAAAGUUUUCAAUUCCUUCCCCUCCUUUUUCCAAGCCAACAUCAGCAGUUCCAGAGAUAACACAGCCUCCAUCGUACGAAGAUGCAGUAAAGCAGCAAGUGACUCGGAGUCAGCAGAUAGAUGAUCUCCUGGAUGUCCUCAUUGAAAGUGGAGAGAUGCCAGCUGAUGCUAGGGAGGAUCAUUCAUGUCUUCAAAAAGUCCCCAAGAUAGCCGGGUCUUCCCGAAGCCCUAACGCCGCCCUCUCCAAACCCUCAUCUUCAGGAGGCCAACUCUCCUUCGAUCACUAUGGUACCGACAGUGAUGAGCACCUUGAAGUCUUAUUAAAUUCCCAGAGCCCCUUGGGGAAGGUGAGCGAUGUGGCCCUUCUAAAAAUCGGGCACGAAGAGCCUCCUUUUGACGGGAUAAUGGAUGGAUUCUCCGGGAAGGCAGCAGAAGACCUCUUCAGCGCGCACGAGAUCUUGCCAGGCCCCCUCUCCCCGAUACAGACUCAGUUUUCACCUUCCUCUGCAGACAGCAGUGGGCUGCGGCUAAGCUUCACCGAAUCUCCUUGGGAAACCAUGGAGUGGCUGGACCUUACUCCACCCAGUUCCACACCAAGCUUCAGCUCCCUGGGCCCCAGCGGCCCCAGCAUCUUUAACAUUGAUUUCUUGGACGUCACGGAUCUCAAUUUGAAUUCCCCCAUGGACCUUCAUUUACAGCAGUGGUAG